AUGGCGUCCAUCCAGCUGUCUUUCUCUCUUCGCGUCUCUUCCGGCGUCAAGUCCGUCCACCUCCUCGGCUCGUGGGACAACUACGCUGGCCAGAUCCCCCUGUCCAAGGACAAGUCUUCGUCCAAGUCUGGCUCGUGGAAGGGUACCUUCCGCUUCUCCGGCAACCUUGAGGCUGGCAAGCGCUACUGGUACUACUACAUCAUUGACGGCUACCACGUCUCCCACAACCCCAGCGAGGCCUCCACCGUCGAGCCCACCACUGGCCGCGAGCUCAACAUCCUCGACGUCCCCAAGGACAAGUCCUCCAAGUCUUCCAAGUCGUCCUCCAGCAAGUCCUCGUCCAAGUCUUCCUCCAAGGACAAGAGCCACCGCUCCUCCAAGCGCUCCAGCGACAUCCCCAAGGGCCGCCCUCUGUCGACCUCGCAGAUUGUUGCUCCCAAGCCCAUGGCUCCCCACGCCACCCGCCACAUCCUCGAUGCCGACUACUGCGACGAGGAGACCAUUGAGGAGCUGACCGCCCGCUUCAACGCUGCCGGCUUCGACGAGGAGGACAUCAUCACCGACUUCUGCACCUCGCCCGCCUCCUCCACCGGCUCCAGCGUCUCCUACCGCUCCGACAGCUCCUCGCCCAACUCGUCCAUGUCCGGCUACAGCACCCCCGCCUCUGACUGCAGCUCUUGCACCUGCGAGCGCUACGGCAUCACCCGCAAGGGUGACCGCGUCAAGAUCGACUGCGGUGGCUCCCGCUGCGGCUACUCCGACGACGACUCUGACUGCUCCUCCUCCGAGGACGAGUACGUCUCCACCAGCUCCCGCCGCCACGGCAUCGUCGUCCGCGACUAA